AUGCCUUCAGCGAGACGAAAGACACCAGCGUCUGAGCUGGCGAAAGCCAUAAGCCAGUCCAAACAGAGCCCAAAUGUGCACCUCCCGCCGCCAAAGUCAUCACUUACUGUCCGGACGCAGGAGGAAUUAGGACGGAUGGGCGUGCGUGGAGCUCCAAAGCAGCCGGAUAUAAAGCAAACACCACAGUACAAAUCUGCUGCUCGAAGGUGGACCAUGACAAUAGUCGCGCUACCUAUCCUGUUAUACACAAGCUUUUCAUUAUACCAACGAGUCAUCUAUGGAAAGUCACCAAGGGGUCUACCUGGAGUAAAUGAAUUCAGCUCACAGGCUGUAUAUUCUUCAACGGAGAGCCCCAAAAAAUCCAACGACUGA